AUGAGUGAAAUUCAGGUUGAAGAAAUGGUCGAAGAAAUGGAUCUCGAUGAAAAUUCUGCAUUUACUUACGGCAAAUUGCUGUUAUUGGCUAAUGAUACAAUCGUGUCUCCAGAAAUGGAAGAUGAUGUUGUUCCUGAGAAUGUACCACUUGUGCCUAAGAAUAAUAACAGUAAGAAGGCUCUCUCUUACAAAGCUUAUGGCCUUGAGAAUAUCAAGCAAUUCAUUCGCCUUAUACAGGAAGAGAGUGGUUCUGCUGCGAAGCACGCGAAAGCUUGCUUCAUUCCCCGUUCUACUUCAUAUGAAAUAAUGAAGCAAUGGAGCGAGGGCGAUGGAGCCGUUAUUCCUGUCGGUUGCAUGAAACGACUCUCAAAGAAUAACGGGACUUCCAAGACAAAUAAUACCAAACUAACACAAAAGCAUACGCAGUUCCUCACAAGUUUGGUUGAUCAAAAUCUGUGCAUUACAGUGGACAUGGCAAGAGAGCAGCUUUGUAACAUGUUUCAAGGCCUCAGCAUAUCUGAAAGCAGUUUAAGGAAACACAUGAAAGAGAAAAUUAGGUUAUCCUUGAAAAAUUCAAGUAUUUAUACUAUGGACAGAGAUGUUACAAGAGCCAUUGAGCUUCGUUACAAGAUAAUAACAGAACGGAAAGCGACUGGAGCUGGUUUUCAAAAGAAUUAUGUGUUCAUUGAUGAAGCCGAAUGUAAUUCUUACCAAAUUAGGAGUAGUGCUUGGUCUGUUAAGGGUACUCCAGCACAAGUAAAAGUUCCAACACAAAAGGAUAUCAACCUUAGUAUCGUCGGAUGCAUUUUUCCAUUUGGGACCAUUAACUUUUCCAAAGUCGAACCUUUGAAGCCUAGCGACGUUGCUAAAAUUGAGAAAGGGUUUCCUCUACCUGAAAACAAGAAAAAAAAAGCGCAGACUGAUGAGUUUUCUAAAACAAAGGUCAAAAAAGGCACAGCAGCGUACCAUAUCAAGCCACUGUUUAUGCUACCUUACUCGCCAUUUCUUAAUCCAAUUGAAGAAUGUUGGUACAAAAUUAAAGCUCAUGUCAGAAGGAAUCCACUCUCCUUAUUGGAUACUUUAACUCCCAGAAUUCAAGCAGCUUGUAGAAGUGUUACCACAGAAAAUUGUCUUGGAUGGAUCAAGUAUGCAAAAAUUUUCUGGGAUAGAUGUCUCGGCAAAGAAUUAGGUCUUGCUUGA